AUUUGUUACUGCUUACGGGUGCAAAACUCUGAGAGAGAAGUGAAGGGGGGCAGCAGGAAGAGGGUGAGCUGGAAAGUGAAUUAAUAAGAAAAAGGGGAAGAGGAGAUGUUGGGGUAGUUUAUUUGAGAAGAGAUUUGAUCGGAUCACAAUGCUGAGAUUAAGUCUCCUGCUUCUCCUGUUCUCCCACUCGACUUAUUCGAUGCUGCUGGGAUGGGUGGAGUCUCCAGGGUAUCCCAGUGGAUACUUGCCUCAUGCCAGUCUAAACUGGAGCAGGUGUGCCCCCAAAGGUCACACCCUCUCCAUCAGGCUCAUCCACCUGGACCUGGAGGACAGCCAGGACUGUGAAAAUGAUGCAGUGAAGGUCCUUUCAAACGGAAACGUGAUUUCUGUUCUGUGCGGACAAAAGGAAUUUGAGGAGCUUCAGUCCACUGUAAAUCCCUCGCUGCUUUCCGCUCCGGGUGGCUGCCUCACCCUUCUGUUCCACUCUGACUUCUCAAACACCAAGAGGCACACUGGCUUCAGAGGCUUCUACACCGUCCAAGACUUUGACGAGUGUGAGGAUGACCCAAACAACGAAUGCACCCACUUCUGUCACAACUUCAUCGGAGGCUUCCACUGCUCCUGUCGCCACGGUUACCACCUGGCCGAGGACAAUCACACUUGCACUGUGAGUUGCAGUAAGGACCUGUCAGGACUGAACCAAGGUGACAUAUCCACUCCCUCCUGGUCUGGUUCGUAUGCAGAGAACGCAAACUGUCAGUACACCCUGUCUGUGGAGAACUACCUCCAGCUAGAGCUGCACUUCAAUGACGUAUUUGAUGUGGAACAAAGCUCUGAUGGCCAGUGUGUAGAUGCGCUGACGAUUGAGACCCCGUCUGGGACUCUGGGACCAUUCUGUGGCAACAGACCUCCUCCAUCCCCUCUCCUCACUCACUCAAAUAAAAUAAAAAUCCGCUUCACAUCUGACGGCUUUGGCACAAACACAGGCUUCACUCUCCACUUCACGACCAGAGACCAGGUCUGUCCAGCAGUGGUGACCUCAAACUCUAGAGUGACUCCUCAAAAACCAGAAUAUGACCGGGGUCAAACGGUGACAGUAACUUGUGACGCUGGCUAUGUUCUGAAUACUCAAGGCACUCAGGACCUGUCAUCAGAGUAUGAGGCUACAUGCCAGAGCACAGGCAGAUGGACUCCCACUUACACCUGUGACAUUGUGGAUUGCGGUAUUCCUGUCUUCCCUAAUGAUGGCAUCCUACAGUGGGUGGGAUCAAACACUCAGUAUAUGGACAAAAUUCAGUUUAACUGCAAUUCAAAGUACUACGCUCUGGAGGGAGAUGACACGUACACUUGCAGUGCCAGUGGAGAAUGGGUAUCAGCUGGUGGAAGCACUGAGAUGCCAAAAUGCAUCGCAGUUUGUGGAAAGCCUGAAACAUUCAGUGGAGCUAUAGGCAGAAUUUGGGGAGGUGUGGCUGCUAAACCUGGAGAAAUACCUUGGCAACUUUUUAUUGAAAAUCCCAGAGGAGCAGCGUCCUUGAUAAAUGAACGCUGGGCUGUUACAGCAGCUCAUGUUGUGGAUGGGGUUUCAGAAACCUCUUUGCAGCUCUUAGGUGGACUGAUAGAUGUAAAUACUGAGAGGUCAAAUGCUGUUAACAUAGAAAGUGAGAAGAUCAUAAUUCAUCCUGGCUACAGGAAGGGGAUUCAGUCUGCUCAAACCAAUUAUGACAAUGAUAUUGCUCUGAUAAAAUUUACUUCCAGAGUGAACUUUAGCCCAAACCUCCUUCCCAUCUGUCUCCCAGAGGUAAACCAAGGUGUUUCGGAAGAUGAACAAGGUACAGUGUCAGGCUGGGGGUUCACAGAAGACAGGAGAGUGUCAUCAUCUUUAAAAUAUGCUCAUAUUGCAGCCUACUCCCUCAGAGAAUGUCAGAGAACGCCAGUGUUGCCAUCUCGACGAAUAGCUGCGACUUUUACAAAUAACAUGUUCUGUGCUGGAGCUCAAGGGACGGAUAGUUGCAGAGGAGACAGUGGGGGUCCUUUUGUUUCACCUGUGUUGUCUGGGAGCAGAGGGCCUUAUUAUCUGACUGGCAUUGUGUCCUGGGGAUCCCCCUGUCGACAAGAGCGCAACAAGGGUUAUUACACCAAGGUUGGGAAUUAUGUGGAGUGGAUUAAGGAGACAAUGGAGAUGGAAGACAAAUCUUAGAAAGAGAAAGAAUGACAAAGAAAACACUUUGCUAUUAACUCCAAUAAUUAAAUCUGAUUGAAGCCUACAAAGUAAUAAUGCUCAUGAAAAUAAACAGCUUGUAAUCAAAUGCACCAACAUUAAUAACUCAGUGACAAAAACAAGUCAUGUCCACACAUUUCAUCUUUGUAUUAAAGAAAAUGUUUGCAAAU